UGAACAGCAACAACUCCACAAACCAGAGAUGGCAGAGUUAAUUUUAAAGUUUUUUUCUUUGCUUUUUCUGUCAUCAUUUCUCUUGAUUAUUUUGAAUUUAUUAGACAAUAGAAUAAAAAGUAUCAGCUGGUCAACCUUCAUAGAUGACAGUGAAUCGGAAGACUUUGUGAUUGAGAGGUACAGGGCAUACUGGAAAAGAAAAUUUAAAUCAGGACCACCACAUCCCGACUUUAGCAGAAGACUUGAAGCAAAAAUAGCCGAUUCAGCAAAAAACAACACAACACAACGCAUUGUAGCUGAGACCCCCAUGGCUCUCCUCUACAAAAAAGACUUGAAGAAGCUUCCUCAGUGGGAUUUUGAAGAUGUUUACAGCGAAGAUACUCAACAUAGACGACCAACAUGUGCUCAGUCUCUACGAAACUCUCAGGAUGAGAAAUUCAAGAAGGCUUUUCUUCCUAACAUACGUUUGUUUCUGCACAAAGACAACAUUAACAUGAGCGAGUGGAAUCGACUUUCACAUUUCAACAAUCCUUUUGGGUUUAUGGACUACAAAUAUGAUGAUGUGAUGGAUUCAGUGAAGCUGAUUCCAAAGCCAAAAGAGCCACUGCUUCUCCCAAAACCAGGUGGUGAUGGCUGUGUGCGCUGUGCUGUGGUGGGUACUGGACAAAUCCUGAACGGCUCAAAGAAGGGGGUGGAGAUCGAUGGCCAUGAUUACGUUUUUCGGAUCAAUGGUGCCGUCAGCAAGGGUUAUGAGGAGGAUUUAGGAAACAAAACAUCAGUGUACGUUCACACAGCCCACUCCAUCACUACAUCACUCAAGAAGUACGGGUAUAAAGCUGCCCCUCAUGAUGAGGGUAUAAAAUAUGUGAUCAUUCCUGAGGGGAUGAGGGAUUUCCAGUGGCUCAAGGGUCUUCUCAGAGGAGAAAAGGUCUCUGCUGGCCCAUACCGCAAUAAGCUGCCAAGGGACUACUAUUCAAGGCAGUACAACGUGAGUCAUUUCUACGUUCUGCACCAGGACUUCCUCCGAUAUGUGCGGAACAGGUUCUUACUGUCACCUAAUUUGAAUAAAACAUUCCAGCCUUUAGUCAGACCAACCAAUGGGGCAUUCACUCUCUUCUUGGCCCUGCACACCUGUGACACAGUGGAUGCAUAUGGAUUUACGACUGAUGACUACAUAAAAUACCCUAGCUACUAUGUUGAGAAACACAUGAGCAAAGUCACGUUCUACCGCAACCAUGAUUAUAUUCUGGAGGAGAAUACAUGGAAAGACCUUCAUACCAGGGAAAUAAUGUGGCUGUAUCAAAGAACUGAGUCAAAGAAAGAGAAGGAAAAGCAACACUGACAUGAUCUUAACAACAGUAAUUAUAUAUAGAGAUUUUUGUUUGUUAGACUUAAAAAUUUUACGUGCACUAAUAGCUAACACGCAAACUAAACCAUCCAGAGCAAAGCUGAUUUGAUUAAUAUUACUCAUCUCGGGAAGUUACUGUUAUCUUAAAGUCCAUCUCUGUGGGAAAAUUUCCGUAAAAUAAAAUCAAGCAUUUGCCAUAGUGGCAAACACUACACAUGGUUUUACUCAUUAUGAUAUCGGUGUUUUUUUCUCUCCAAGUCCAUUUGUGGCAUUAUCAAAA